AUGGGGAAUGCUGGGGGGUCGGAGCAGGACCAGCCGACCGACAGCCAGUCCAGGAGCCCGGUGUGCAUCAUGAGUGAGCCCGGCGCCCCGACGCUGCCCAAGAAGCAGCCGGCUACCCCCAAGCUGCCCAUGCCCGCUGAGAAGGAGCUGGAGGAGCGCUUCAAUGUGGUGCUGAGUUACAUGAACCUGCCACCCGAUAAACUGGAGCUGUUGAGGCAGUAUGACAAUGAAAAGAAAUGGGAGCUUGUGUGUGACCAGGAGCGCUUCCGGGUGAAAAGCCCUCCAUCCACGUUUCCGGCCAGGAUCAAGAGCUUCUACCCGGACCAAGUGGUGGUGGGUCGCCGGAAAAAAAGAAUCCAAGAAGCCACCAAGGUCCUCAAAGAUUUGGAAAUAUCCCUGCGCACAAACCACAUUGGUUGGGCUCAAGAGUUCCUCAAUGAGCAGAAUAAAGGUCUGGACGUGUUGGUGGAGUAUUUGUCUCUGGCCCAGAGUGACGCCCCCAUUGACGUGGAGAUCAGCGAGAACGGCAGCAACCUAAGCGACGGAUCCAAGCCACUUAAUGGGAGAUCCAUUGAGGACAUGACCAAGACCGGCGCUGGUGCCGGCUUGCACUCGCACGGGAUGACCCGGGCGGCACGAGCGCUCACAGUGAGAAUCAGCUCCACUCUGGGCAACAAAAUGCAUAAGAAGUGUCCUUCGCCAGGUAACAGAGAUGACGUGCACGUGUGUAUCAUGUGCCUGAGGGCCAUCAUGAACUAUCAGUCGGGUUUCCACUUGGUGAUGAGGCACCCGCGUUGCGUCAAUGAGAUCACGCUCAGUCUGAACAGCAGAAAUCACAGGACCAAGGCCUUGGUACUGGAGCUGCUGGCUGCCGUCUGUCUGGUCAGAGGAGGACAUGACAUCAUCCUGUCGGCCUUUGACAACUUUAGAGAGGUGAGAAAAGAGAGGUACCGCUUUGAGAAGCUAAUGGAGUAUUUUAUCAACGAGGACUGCAACAUUGACUUCAUGGUGGCCUGCAUGCAGUUCAUCAACAUUGUGGUUCAUUCCGUGGAGAACAUGAACUUCCGCGUGCACUUGCAGUACGAAUUCACCAACUUGGGAUUGGACAAGUAUUUGGAAAGUCUGCGGGACACGGAGAGCGAGAAGCUUCAAGUGCAAAUCCAGGCCUACCUGGAUAACGUGCUGGAUGUCGGCGCUCUGUUGGAGGACGCCGAGAGCCGAGGAGGUGUUCUGGAGCACAUGGACGAACUGCAGCACCAAAACGUUGAGCUCAACUCUCAGCUCCAAGAGAUCGAGUCUCAGACCGCGGAGAAGAUUUCCGAGCUGGAGACUCAACUCAUGCAGACCACCAAAGAGACAGAGUUGCUCAAGGAAAGCCUGAGAGAGUCGUGUUCUCAGGUGAGCACCUUGCAGCAGAGGGAACGAGAGAAGGAGCUGGACAGGGAGCGGGAGAAGGAGAGGGAGCGUAUGAGCGUGGUGGCUACAUCUGAGCUGGACCUGAAGAUCCAGGAACUGCAAGAGAAGGGUUUGAUCUGCUUGACCAGGAGCGCCUCGGGAUGUUUGGACAUCAAGGUUAUGCCCGUCACGGAGACCGAGUGCGACUCGGCACCAAAAAGCAAGGUCGACGUGGCUUGCUCCGCCUCAUUUAUAAUCGAUUCCUCGGCACCUCCUUCUCCACCAAAACCACCUUCUCCUGGAGGAGAGCCACCUGCCACCAAAGGUGGGGAGCUACCAACGCCUCCUCCGCCUCCUCCACUUGCCAGUGGAGGGCCACCACCACCACCACCACCACCACCACCUCCUCCUCCCCCGCCACCACCGCCAAUUACUGCGGGAGGUGGGCCACCACCUCCACCACCACCUCCGCCAGCAGCUGGCGGAGGUGGGCCGCCACCUCCGCCCCCACCGCCCCCACCACCUCCUUCAUUUGCUGCCGGAGGUCGGCCACCACCUCCACCGCCUCCUCCACCUGGCGCCGGAGAAGGGCACCCCCCUCCGCCGCCUCCAUCUGGUGUUUCUCCUCCAGGAGCACCCGGGUUGAAGAGCAAGAAGCCCAUCCAGACUAAGUUUAGGAUGCCGUUGUUGAACUGGCAGCCUCUAAAACCGAAUCAGGUCACAGGAACUGUGUUUCAUGAGCUGAAUGAUGAGAAAGUCUUGGAGGAGCUGAACAUGGAAAUGUUUGAAGAACAGUUCAAGACCAAGGCGCAGGGUAACCCGACAGACCUGACUAAGGGGAAAAAGAAGCUAAUGCAGAAGACUGUCAACAAGACAUCUUUGAUUGACGCCAACAAGGCCAAGAAUUUGGCCAUCACGCUGCGCAAAGCGGGGAUGAGUCCUAUGGAGAUCUGCACCGCUAUCGAGACGUUCGAUCAGCAAUCCUUGUCCAUUGACUUUCUGGAACUACUGGAGCACUUCAUACCCUCGGACUUUGAGAUAAAACUGCUGAACAACUACGAGAAUGAUGGACGGCCCCUUGAGGAACUGACGGAUGAAGACCGCUUCAUUUUGAACUUUGGGAAGAUCCCUCGCCUGAGCCAACGGAUUAACACGCUCACCUUCAUGGGAAACUUCCCCGAGAGCAUCAAGAGGCUGCUGCCGCAAAUCAACUCCGUCAUCGCAGCGUCCAUGUCCAUCAAGUCUUCAGCCAAACUAAAGAAGAUCUUAGAGAUCGUUUUAGCAUUUGGCAACUACAUGAACAGCAGCAAGCGAGGAGCAGCUUAUGGCUUUCGACUUCAGAGUCUGGACCUUUUGCUGGAAACAAAGUCCACAGACCGCACACAGACGCUGCUCCACUUCAUUGCCAACAUUGUCAAUGAGAAGUAUCCAGAAUUGGCUAACUUCCACACAGAGCUCCACUUUGUGGACAAGGCAGCCCUCGUGUCCUUGGACAGCAUCCUCCAGGACAUCCGCUCCCUGGAGCGAGGGAUGGAAAUGACCAAGAGGGAGUUCCUGGCCAAGGAUGACAGCCCGGUCUUGAAGGAGUUCGUCAAGAGCAAUCGUGAGCAGUUGGAGUCUCUGAUGAAAGACAGCAAGACUGCUCAGGAGGCUUACUGCUCUGCUGUGGAGUAUUUUGGGGAGAACCCCAAAACUACUCAGCCAGCCAUGUUCUUCCCGCUCUUUGCACGCUUCAUCAAAGGGUACAAGAAAGCCGACCAAGAUAAUCAGCUGAAGAAGAAAAUGGAACUCGAGAUGAGCCAAGAGAAAAAUCGUGUGCCGACAAAGCCUGCAGGCCUAAAGGGUCCUUCCAUGCCCAAGAUGGACUUCAUUGCUGAGCUGAAGCGGAAGCAGGUGCAACCUCAGGUGCGCGAGGGCAAGGAUGGUGCUUUGGAGGACAUCAUCACAGAUCUGAGGAACACGCCAUUCCGCCGCACGGACGGUCGCCGGCCAACUCAGCGCUCGGACACCUAAAAGAAACAAGGACCUCAAGGCUGAAAGUGGAUUGAUACACACACAAGAUGUCAACAAGAAAUCUCUUGCUAGUAAAACAUGAUUGUUGACAUUUUAGCAGGAAGUGUUUAUGUAUAUAAAUACAGGAUGUGUUAUAAUCAAAAAUGUGUUGAAAAAUAAAUCACCAUACAUUUUCAGAUGUAUGCUUAACGUUGCUCUUUAUAAAAUAAAAGAAACUUUUUUUUUAGUUUCAAAAGCCCAUUCAUUGUUUUUGAUUUAUUUGUAAUUUGAGCGAAAAUUCUUAAAAAUGUAGACAUUUCUUUCACAAGGUGUAAAAAUGACUUUUGGGUAGAUAUGGCGAGCACAAGUCUGUGUAUCCAGAAAAGGGUAGUUUGUGCCGUUGUGGGUGUGAACACAGCCCACAACCGUGUCAUUUAAUAAUGAGCGUAUGUCAUAGAUCUUUCCCCAUUCCAAAUCGUUUGGCAGAAAAAUGUAAUAUGUUUUGUUCAGUUGCAUGCUUAGGUCUACGAAGAGACAAAAAUAAACAAUCAGUAAACUAUA